AUGGCGGUUCAAGGGGUGGAGCAGACCAUCCUUCGGGAUCCGGCUCUGUUUUACUGGAUCCUCAUCCCUAUUAGUGUGGUCAUGAUUUUAACUGGAAUCCUGCGCCACUACGCAACCGUGUUCCUGGCAACUCCGGCCAAAACCGCCUCAACGCUAGCAGAGUCCCGGGAACGUCUGUCACUCUUGCGCGGCGUCAAUCUACGAAAUAAUGCCUCUGCUGUCCUUACACCGUCAUCUCUUGCUUCUCGCAAGAACUUUCUCAUUACAGGCUACAAGGAGGGCUCGUUCCUGAAAGAUCCAGAGGGACGCGGCGCGGGACCCGUAAACCCCAUGACUGAUCCUGCAGGCAUGGAUGCGAUGAUGGGUAUGAUGAAGGGUAACAUGGCGAUGAUGAUUCCGCAAACAUUGAUUAUGGGGUGGAUUAAUGCCUUUUUUUCUGGAUUUGUUAUUUUGAAAUUACCAUUCCCGUUGACCAUUCGGUUCAAGUCCAUGUUGCAGUCCGGAGUUAUGACUCGUGAUCUUGACGUGAGAUGGGUCUCGAGUUUGUCAUGGUAUUUCUUGAACUUGUUCGGCCUGCAGCCAGUUUUUGGGUUUAUACUGGGCCGUGAUAACUCUGCGAGCCACAUGACCGAACAGAUGUCUCAAAUGAAUCCCAGUGCGACUGCCAAUCCCUUUGGACCUGGUCAGGACCCAGAUAAGCUGUUCCUGGCCGAGGCAGAAAACCUGGAAGCAAUUAAAGAGUUCGCUGUGUAG